AUGCUUAUCUAUCUAUCUAUCUAUCUAUCUAUCUAUCUAUCUAUCUAUCUAUCUCAAUUUGUUCGUAUCUAUCUAUCUAUCUAUCUAUCUAUCUAUCUAUCUAUCUAUCUAUCUCAAUUUGUUCGUAUCUAUCUAUCUAUCUAUCUAUCUAUCUAUCUAUCUAUCUAUCUAUCGACACAUAUUAGUUUUCUUUCAAAUUUACACUUGAUAUCUUAUUCUUUUCUAUGUUCUCUUUGUUUACAUUAUCGCCAAUGUGUCCCCACUCUUUUCUCUGCUAUAAUCACUGUUUGCUAUCGAAUGUUUGCCUCUUCUCUUUCUUCGUUAAUAUUUGUCUUUGCUUUCUUCCUUUUUCUUCUCUCGUUCCAUCAGUUUAGUAACCACACUCUAUUAUUCUUUCUGACUUUCUAUACUUUCUUUGGUUCUUUCAAGAGUACUCCUUCUUCGUGUCUUAUCUUCAGGAAUUCAUUCCUUAUUUACCGCCUGUCAUCAUUCUCUCCAAGAACGGAUCAUUUCCGUGUCGUAACUGUAACCAUGUCGCCAGAGGAAUACGAUCGAGCUAGUUCCGUUCCGUCAGAGAAUGUAGCAUCCACGUGUUGA